GAAUUUUUUGUCGUGGGAUCUGGCAACCCCGAGCCUGGCGCUCGGUGGUGACGCAGCGUCAGCUGUCCGUGUUUGUUUAUUACACGGGAGGUGUUGCGGCGGCUUUGGAGUGAAAACAACAUCAUUAACAAACUUUCAAGAAUGAUUUAAUGACGAGGCAGUGAGAUGGCAGUGUGUGCUCUGUCCAUGUUGGAUGGCCUGGGCGAUGAGGCCACAGCGCUGGGAGGUGUGCUCAUCCUGCUCCUGGCGCUGGUCCUGGCCUGGCUCUCCACCCAUGUGGCUGAUCGUGGUGAUCACAUCCUGGGUACCAUCCUUACCGUGGGUGCCCAUGCCUCGCUCAUUGGCUUAGGAGGCCAUGAUGGCUACGCUGUCGCUCCGUCCAGCUCAGAGUCAGGUGAGCAGCAGAGCGACGAGACAACAGACGAGGACAAACAGGAGGAUGACGAGGAGGAGGGAGAAGGAGGAGAGGAGCUGCUGGAUAUCCAAGGAGGCCGGAAGAAAAUGAGCCGAGAGCGUGAGGGGGAGAACGAGGGUACGGAGGACGAAGAGGAUGAGGGCGCGAGCAUCACGGUGCGGCUGAAGUUUCUGAAUGAUACAGAGGAGCUGGCUGUGCUGAAGCCUCAGGAUACAGUCGGAGUGCUGAAAAGUAAGUACUUCUCUGGGCGCGAACGUGAGAUUAAGCUGAUCUAUCAGGGUCAGCUGCUGCAGGACCCACGACGCACUCUGCUCUCACUCAACAUCACUCACAACAGCGUGCUGCACUGCCACAUCUGCCAGGCACCGAGUCCAGCCUUGCCCCAGGCCGAGCCGGAUGACGGGCAGCGUGCUCAAGCCGGAGCGGGUAUCAGCGGGGGCUUGCGCUCGGCUGCUCUCACGUUCAGCACAGGCAGCCUAGUGGUCCCGGUGUUUGUAGUGCUGCUAGCCGUGGUCUGGUAUUUCCGUUUCAACUACCGACAGCUGUUCACUGCGCCGGCCACCGUCUCUCUGGUGGGAGUCACCGUCUUCUUCAGCUUCCUCAUCUUCGGCAUGCACAGCCGCUGAGGAUACAGACAGAAGAAGGAAAGACGAAGGGAGGCGGGUUGUUGGGAGAGAGGUGAAAAGAAAUUGGUGUAAAACAUGGCAUAUUCACUCUGUCUGUUGAAAUGCGUUUAAUGGAAGGAAUAUGAAGUGAAGCAGCAGCGGGUGAGUGAUGAGGAGAAGGAAUAGUAACAGACAAAGUACUCAGGAAGCCUUGUGGCUUCUGGUGCCAUUUAGAUGCCUGGCGUGUCUCUGUGUGUCAGUGUGUGUGUCAGAGAGAAAGAGAAGGAAAGAGUGUAUGAGUGUGUGUGUGAGAGAGAAAGAGAAGGAAAGAGUGUAUGAGUGUGUGUGCGUGUGUUUAAGGAUUUACUUGUGGGUGAGUCAAGAGAAGUGAUGCUGUAAUUAUGCUUUAGAUUCAUGUAAUCUUUAUAGUAAUUUAAUCUCAACACAAGGCUUAGUUUGUCCGCGGUUAUUGUGGAUAUCAUGGAUUAAAAUCUAUGCCAGUUUUACCUAAUCUCUAUCUAUCGUACCUGUAGCAUACAAGAACUACAACCUGUUUAAUUAAUAAAACUCACUUAGACCCUAAGGCUAAGAUAAAAUUCUGUCAAUGAAUGCUUCAAAUAUGCAACCGUAUAAUCUAAAAUCAAAUACAAAUAGGUUUUAGAAUGACACAGACAUGAGAGGAAGCCUUACUAAAGCAGUGUUAGGUUUAUUCUUUUUGUAAUUCAAGACAGCAUUCCACAAAACUGUUACAUGUAAAUGGAAAUGUUUAUUGAUAUAAUUCAAACACUGCCCUUUAUAAUAGACUUGAGUAAACACAAGCUGUGAUAGAUGGACGUUAGUUUGAAAAGCGCUGGAGUAUUCCGUUAAUGAAUGUUUUGUUUGGUUACAUGCAUCACUUCAGCUGUACAGUUAACUGACCACAUGAUGCACAACCCAAUAAAACCCAAGGGUCAUAUUCGUAGCAGAAACUUUAACGAAUAAUCUUCGUUUUAUAAUAACGACGCACAGUUUUGUGUUAUGCUAAUCGUUCAGCAUAUUUAUUUUCGGGUGAAGUUUUGUAUGAUUAACGAAUGAGCGUAGCAUACCAGCUAACGGUCCUUUGCUUCAGCUCACAUUUCAUUUUUGUUCUACAGUAUUACCUCUGAAGGGAAAAACAUUAUUAUCUUAGUUUCAAUACUUGGAAAUAUUUGUUCUCUAGCAAUAUACGUUGCGUUCUGCACGCACGAGAAUCAAGAUAUUGUUAAAAAGAAAUACAGGGAUAACAAAUGAUUGAUUGAUAACUAAGUUCUGUAAAUAAAGUGUAUUCUGUAUAAAAAAAAAAAAAGGGUGAAAAUUAAAACUCAAAAUGUUUGACAUCGA